AUGGACGAGCGCGUCGUAUCGUUAAAGAGUGGAGAUGUGCACUACCGAAUAGGUGGAGUAGGUUUUGGUUUCUAUACGGCGGAGGAGGUGCUGCAACUCUCUGUGCAGCAGAUCCAGUCUGCGGUUGCCUUUGACGACCUUGGACGGCCUGUACGCGGCGGCCUCUACGAUCCACGCUUAGGCGUUUAUGACAAGUUUGGCAUCUGCGCGACGUGCCGUCUGGGGUUUUUCAGCUGCCCUGGUCACUGCGGUCAUAUCGAGUUGGCCGAGCCCGUCGUGAACCCGCUUCUUUUUUCCUUGCUUGUGCGACUUCUUCGCGGCGUAUGUCUUGGCUGUGCGAACUUUCGUUUGCCACGGAUUCGGGAGAAGCUUUGGCUUGAGUGUCUGCGACACCUGGAACGAGGCACCUGGCAAAACUUCGAAUCGCUCGCCGAUCUCCUGCAACUGGAUAAGCAGAGCACUAGUCCGGACUUGGCAGGUUUCCUGGAUCAGACCUCCGAUGUCUCCAGCGAGAGCAGCGAUGGUAGCCGCAGUUCCACAAAAAAGCCCAGGCUCGAAUCAGCCCGCGGAGGUCACUCUGGUGUUCACACUGACCGCUUUGAUGCUGCUACGGAGAAGCUAACCACUGUACAGCGAAGCAGUCGUCGCGUCCAACUCAUGCAGCGCUUCAUCGGUGACUGCACGAGCUCGAAUGCAGCUUGCACACGCUGUGGAUGCAAAGCGGUGCAUAUUCGCACCGACGGGUGUCGCAUUUUUGCACGUCUGCCUCCGACGCGGAAACGAUCAAAGGCUGCUGCGACGACGCUGGCAACUGCUCAGGCCAGCCCUGACACAGAAGCACAGUGUCAGACGCAGCUGCUUGAGGCACUCUGUUUGGUUGCUGGAAAGGAACAGCUUCUACUGCCGAGUAUGGUGGUGCGUAUUCUCUUAGCAGUAGAACAGAAUUCUCCUGAACUUUGUGGGUACUUGUUUGGCCACCACCUCCUCGACACAUUCUUGCUGCGGGUGCUUCUGGUUCCACCGUCUAGAUUUCGUCUUCCUUCUACUCGAGAUGAUGAUGUCAACAGCAUACCCCGCGAGCAUGCCCAAAAUUUCCAUUACACAUAUGUGCUUAAGGCAAAUGAGUCGGUAGCGGAUGCGCGGAAGGCGAGAAAUCCCCUGGCCCUCGGCAAGGCGGUUGCUGAGCUCCAACAAGCAGUUCAGGAGCUGGUGGACUCAGAGCCAACCGCUUCGAUGCGACGUGCUCCGGGCAUACGGCAACAGCUGGAGCACAAGGAGGGGAUUUUCAGGAUGCAUCUUAUGGGGAAACGAGUGAACUACGCUGCGCGAUCGGUAAUUUCUCCCGAUCCCUUUCUGGACGUGAAUGAAGUUGGAGUACCACUCCAGUUUGCAAUGAAACUUUCGUUUCCGGAACUAGUCGCUUCCUGGAACCUGACCCGACUUCAGCAGAAUGUGUAUCGCGGACCCCAGAGGUACCCAGGGGCAAAUAUCAUCGAACGGGGAGACGGCACCCGAAUCCAAAUUCCUGCAGGUGAUAGCAAGCGAUCUGGGGUGCUCGCGGAGACACUUUUCGAAGCUGAAGAACUCCCUGAUGGUUGCGUUGUUCCUACACGCGUUUUCCGGCAUCUUCAGAACGGUGAUCGAGUGUUGUUCAACCGCCAACCAACGCUGCAUCGCGUUGGCCUCAUGGCUCAUCGCGUCCGCGUCCUGGGCCCGACGGAGAAUACUCUCCGACUGCACUAUGCGAACUGUGGUGCCUACAAUGCAGACUUUGAUGGUGAUGAAAUGAAUAUGCAUGUGCCGCAGGAUUGGAUUGCUGCUGCUGAAGCAGAAUACCUCUUGCGGAUCGAUUUCCACUAUUUAUCGCCAACUGCAGGAGCUCCAGUGCGCGGCCUCAUUCAGGAUCAUGUGCUGGCAGCGGUGCUGCUCACACAGCGGGACCGUUUUUUUUCAUGGGAGGAAUAUUCCGAGCUGAUCUAUGCGGCUACUGCUCGACUCUGGGAGAGAAAGCGCGGAACCGAGGGAACGGCGCCAGGGUCAGCCCUCGGGCCGUUCACUGUUUGCGCGGACGUUCCGCCGGCGAUCCUGUACCCGCAACAGUACUGGACAGGGAAGCAGGUGCUAAGCACUGUUUUGGGGAUCGUUGCACAUUUGGCGGAUCCUGAAAACCGCCAUAGAAAGCUUAGAAUGCAGAGCCGGGCCAAGGUGAGUUCCGCUUUUUGGGGCCAAAGCGCAUCCGAGGAAAGUAUCGUUAUCAUUCGAGAUGGUGAACUGUUGCAAGGAGUCGUAGACAAAGCACAGAUUGGGGCUGCUCCCUUUGGACUUGUCCAUUGUGUGCAUGCCCUCUAUGGCCCGGAGGCGGCCUGUGACCUGCUUUCGUGCCUUGGCCGCCUCUUAACGAUAUUCCUCCGCCGCCACGGACAUAGCACAGGCGUGGAAGAUUUGCUCCUGCUGCCGUCAACAGAGCGAAUUCGUUGGGAGAUGCUCAAAGAUACACAGAUAACCGUUGGAAGCCGCGUCCUCAGACGAGUGCUUGGUCUCCCGGCAGACGGCACGGUCGACCUGGAACACGCACUCGCAGAGGCGCUUCGCACGGAACGCGGCCGGGAGCUCGAACUGCUCCUCGAUAUGGAAAUGAAAAAGGAACUCGCAUCCAUCGCAUCUAAUGUUUCCGAGCAUUGCAUACCGGCCGGUUUGCGCAAACCUUUUCCGAAUAACGGUUUUGCUUUGAUGACAGCCAGUGGAGCAAAAGGCUCCCAGGUCAAUGCGGCGCAGAUAUCGUGCCUGCUCGGUAGCACCGUACUCGAUGGGCGGCGUGUUCCACGGUCUGUUGCUGGCUGGACGUUGCCUUGUUUCCGGCCGUAUGAAAGCACCGCACUUGCUGGUGGAUUUAUCGCUUCGAGAUUCCUGACGGGCUUGUCACCGCCGGAGUAUUUCUUUCACUGCAUGGCGGGGCGGGAAGGCCUCACCGAUACCGCCGUGAAGACGGCGCGCUCCGGGUAUCUGCAGCGAUGUCUCGUGAAGGCGCUCGAGGGGGUCACAAUCGCCUACGAUGGAACUGUUCGAGAGUCUGAUGGAUCCAUCAUCCAGUUUUGCUACGGCGAAGACGGUCUUGAUCCGUGUCAAGCACUCUGGCUCCAACACAGAGCGGAGUUCAUGGCCAUUUUACUUGCCGAUGGGACGCGCAGUGCUGGCAAGUUUGCCUCGCAGUCGCCGUCGAAUGCCACGAGAAAGUCGAAUGCCGUUUCCGCCGCUGAGGUUUGCGCCACCCAUUCCGCAUCUAGUCCAAAGCUCCCGCCGGCGCUUCUCGAGAUGUACGAGACCCUGGAUGAGGCACACCGUUCCGCAUUGCUCGAGUGGUACACGCGAUCGACUGCCGCACCCGGCGACGCGGUAGGCGUGAUUGCUGCCCAGUCGAUCGGUGAGCCCAGUACCCAAAUGACCCUGAAUACCUUUCAUUUCGCCGGGAUCGGUGUUGAACACGUUACCGCCGGUGUGCCACGACUGCGUGAGCUUCUCAUGUUCCCGGGUUCGGCUCCAGCGACGCCGUUUAUGCAGAUUCCAUUCAAAGAGGGCGUCUCGAGGGAGCGCGCUGUCGCUACCUGCUAUGCUCUGCGCUCUGUGCGUUUGCGCGAUCUAAUCCUUCGUUUGCAGCUGCGUUUGCAGGGAGCAAAGCGGAAUGAGCGAGUUCAUCUGACCCUGAUCAUGGUGCUCGCUGAGCCUGAGCUAUGGACGCAGGUGCUGGGUAUCUCUCCGAACAAUGUCCAGGCCGCCACGAAGAAGACGUAUGGUCCAGUGCUGAAGGCGCUGAUUGCCCGACGCUUGCGAGAGCUUGAUAGCCAGCAGACUUGGUCGUCUUCAUCCGUCACUUUGAACGAGAAAGACCAGGACUCUGGUGAGCCCGAAGCUCCAGUGGAAACGGAAAUGUUGGAUGCUGGUUUGUCGGAUACCAGUUCAGAGUCAUCCGCGGAUUCCGUACCUGCUGAUAACGAGCUUGUAGCGCGCCGCAGCACCGAUCAGGACGAGUCCUCAGAACUGUCUGUGGAUUCUGAAUCCGAAGGCUUGGAAAAGAUAGCGUCGCGGGACCAUAACGACGAAAUCCGAUCAAAGACGACGGUCGCACCAGGUGAUACGCCAUGUUUGCCUCAGGUGCCGGAUGCUCCCGAAGACAACGAUGCGGUAGUGGUGCGCUUUCCGUCUCCAAAUCGGGUCGAGAUGAGCCUUUGGUUGCCUUCCGCUGCUUGGUAUACGCUCUUUUUGGAUGAGCUUGCGCUUGCGGCGGCGGAGCGGGUGCCCGUCCGUGCGGUUGAGAACAUACGGAACACUACACUGACGACCCGAGAGGAUGGCGGCAUAGCGCUGCGCACAGAGGGAUCGAAUAUCCGGUUGGCGUGGACACUUUCUGAUGAUGAACUCGACCUGGACGGUCUGUUUUCGAAUCACAUCUCCGAGGUCUUGAGCGUAUACGGCAUAGAGGCUGCUCGUGCUCGUCUUGUACGAGAGCUUCAAACCGUCUUUGCCGCCUACGGCAUCGCGGUGGAUUAUCGACAUCUCUCGCUCAUCGCGGACUAUCAAACUGCUCUGGGUGCCUGUCGUCCGUUUUCGCGCACCGGUAUGCGGAUGCUGGACAGUGUUCCGAGCGCGCUUCAACGAAUGUCCUUUGAGAGCGCCAGUCAGUUUCUUCGGGAUGCUGCCCUGGCACGAGAGGAGGACCAACUCGAGUCGGCGUCGGCACGGCUCUGUCUCGGCCAAGUCGUCUCGCAGGGGACAGGAAUGUUCUCAGUGCUAGCAUCGGAACGCUGCGGUACAGUAGCAGUGCAGUGA